CGCUCUCUCUCUCCCCUUCGUUCUUUGCUUGUUCUGUUCGAAGACGGCGAAGGAAAAUAGCUCCGAGAUAGGCCUGAAUCAAUUUAUGCAGUGAUCUUUCUGGUAUGAAGAUGUUCGAAUGAUCUGAAAGGUACUUCUUUUAAUUGCAGUGAGAGAUUCUCUUAAUCAUGGAUGGAUGUUCGGGUAAAAGAACAGCUGAUGGGUUGGUUUUGCCCAGAAAAGCAAGCGGUCUUGUUUUGCGAGAGAAUAUGAACAAGAAAGAUGAUAAGAAUGCCCCAGUUUGCAGCCGAAUAGGCUGCACUGCCAGGAUAAGCUCCAUGAAAGGAACCCAGGUUGGCUCUACGGGCAACAAAUCGAAAUCUGCUCGGCCUUCACUUCGCUCUUCCUCAAACGGCAAGGAAAUCUCCAGGAGUUCUUCUCGGACUCCUAUCGGAUUUGGCAACACAAAAACCCCUCCCAAAGAUACUAGUAGGAAGCAGCUCUCUUCUUCAUCUGAUGCAGAUUCAUCAGAGACUUGCAGUGUUCAUGAUUUACCAGAAACCUACGGGCGCAUCCCUCCACGUGGGAAGAGUAAAGGAGGCGCUCUCAGUGUUCAUUCUGAAAAAGAUGGCUCCGGGAAAGUUGUGUUGGGAGAGGCAGGGAGCUCAAGUAGAGGAACCAGCAGGAGCUAUCGUCAGAGAUCUGAUUUGGGCACCCGAGAUGCCCUUACGGGCCCUUCUAUUUCUUUAUCUUCUGGUAACAGUAGGCAAACUGCACGAGGCAAUCUGAGCAAGAACGGAUUGAGAAACCUGAGGUGCAACUCCAUAUCUGAUGUUGUUCCAUCUGAUUCAAGUGCAACAAGGAGAAUGAACAUAUUUAGAAAGAAAAAUUCCAACAGUGAGAGCAGUUCUUCUAGCCGAGGGAAUAAGAUGGCCAGGUCAGUGCCUGAGGGGAGGAAUCAGAAUUCUCCUCAUGGAAUAUCAAUUUCAGAUUCUAGAAGGCAAAGAAACCUACCAACUAAUAGGGAUAACAACAGUGCAGUUUCAAUUACUACGAGGAGAUCAGCUGGAUUUUAUGGUAGAACAGGGCAUCUUGGUGCUGGUGUAUCCCCGGCUGCAAUCAUGCAAGUGCAUCAGCCUGCAACUCCAGCUGAUAAUAACCCUACUCCUUCUGCAGAACUUUCCUUUCGCCCUUCAAGUAGUUACAGUAGGCCAAGCAAUAGUAGUGACCGGUUUCAUAGGGCGGCACCAGGAAGUCCCUCAGAAGUCAGCCCUUCACGUUCGUUGAUGAAUCGGGAUGGUAUAAGUCGUUCUAGCAUGAACGGAAUUGCAGAGGUUUUGUUGGCGCUUGAUAGGAUUGAACAAGAUGAAGAACUAACAUACGAGCAACUGGUAGUCCUUGAGACCAAUCUGUUCUUCAGUGGUAUGAACAGCUUCUACGAUCAACAUAGGGAUAUGAGGCUCGACAUUGAUAACAUGUCAUACGAGGAACUGUUAGCGUUGGAGGAGAGGAUGGGUACAGUGAGCACUGCUCUAAGCGAAGAAGCAUUGUCAAGAAGCCUCAAGACAAGCGUCUUUAAGUCAACUGAUGAAACCUAUGGCUCUUGUCUUGAUGAUGAUGAUGAUGAUGAUGAUGUGAAGUGCAGCAUCUGCCAGGAAGAGUACGUAGGUGGGGAAGAAUUAGGGAGUCUGAAAUGCCAGCACAAGUACCACGCGAGCUGCAUUCAACAAUGGCUCCGGAUGAAGAACUGGUGCCCUAUCUGCAAGACCUCCGCCGAAUCUCCCCCGCAUAUCAGGACAGAUUCGGCUUAGUUCUGUCAGUUUCCAAGAUGAUGGGAACACAAGCAAAAACUCCCACACUUUCCCGGUUUGUAAUUUCUUCAUCAAUCAACGUGCUUGUCUCUUCAUCACCUUGUGCCUCUCUUUCUUUCUUUUUUCUUUUUAUAAUUUGUACAUACGAAUCCUCUACAAAUGGGCCCCGACAUACUGGUAAUAAAUAGGAUCAGGGGACACUUCCCCACCAAUGGAUCCCCACUUCUUCACUUUUGUCUUAAGAACAGGGGUUUGGAAUGUUGGAUUUGUUCCUGAUGGUGUUCUUUCAUUAUACACACAAGAUAGUUCAGAGAGGAACAGCGCAAGUGAACUCUUGCAUCCAAAACUAUAUGUUAGUUUUUUUCUUUUACAAUCAUUA